AUGCGCUUGUUUUUCGAAAUCUAUGCACUGUUUUGGAUCCCACUGGAUGAUAUAUGUAGAAGAAAUAAUGCCAUCAUGAACUGCAAAUAUGUUCGAGUUUAUCCCCUACAACAAAAAUCAACCGAAAUGAGCAUUACUUGUGUAAAUGGAGAUGUUUGCUAUCAAUGUAUCUUCAGUCUUUCAAAAUUUGAAGAGAAGUAA